UCGUUGAGUCAACUAGAGUAGAGCCACUUUGAGUUUACACAUUUACUGAUUCACUCGCACAGAUUAAAACUAAGGGAGCUUCACGCUAGGCUUCCAGUUCACUCGUGUGUUCACUCGCGUCGCGGCCUACUGACAUGGCGGUUGUGUGUGUGUUACGGACUAGUGGUUUAUAUUUGUUAUUAUUUUUAACAUUAAAUACAUGCGCUGAGUCGCCGCCAUGGAUAUUCAAUGUGAAACUAAACAAUUACACGUGCAACGAUAAUAAAUGUGUUUACAAUUUAGACGUGAGCGGGUUGUAUCAGUGGUCUUUAACCUACGAAGCGGUGCCGCGCGACAGGCUCUGUGAGCCGGAAUUUAAUGUUGUGAGCUCCGGUAAUGUUGAUAUUGAAGUACCAAAUACGGAGAAAAAGUUGUAUUUCUGUGUUAAAAGUCCAGAAGGCGUUUGGUUAAGUCAAGGAGAACAAUUAUAUUUGGACGGCAGUGACGUCAUCGGGCGUACCUUCAGCAAUCGAUCUGAUAAAAACGACAAUUUAUAUGAAGAUAUUGAAAAUUUUGAUACACCAAACAGCAUUGAAAAUGGCGUCGACACAACUGGAUUCCACGACGACAUGGAAGUCAACAGAGACGGCGAGGAAGUCGCUAAAACUAUCGUUGAGACAUUCUCAUACCCGCCACGUAAACCGGAAAAGUAUAAGGAUGAGGAAGUAGUUAAGGUAUUACAAGAACUGGUUGAAAAUGAACAUGUGGAGGAGAAACUGCGAUCAAAACGUCAGGCGGAUGAUGUAGCCAACAGCACUGAUGGGACCGCUGCGAGUGCAAAUGUAUCGGCUAAUACUGAUGGGAAAGAAGAGACGGCUGCUGUGGAAAACACUAAUGAUACUAGUUUGGGACCAAAAGUUAUAAUCAAUGCACCUCUAGAUCUCACACCCAUUAAAGUUAUGGGCUUAAGAGUCGAGGAAUCCGCGAAGGAGCCAAAAAUUGUAGAUGGAAUGAUUCCGAGCGUACUGAGAGAAACCAAAUUUACAUUGAGACUUUUCGGCGAAGGGUUAACGAAUGACACCAUCAUAGCAUUCACCCAUAUUCCUGAAGGAUAUAAUCAACCCUGCGAUCAUCUGCUCAACGGUGAAUAUAAGGUAAACCACGCAUUCACAGACUCCGCGCUUUUGGAACUGGAAGCACCGCCACCCCUCGAAGAUUACAAAUUCUAUAUCUGUGCGAAGAAGCCUGGCGGCAGCUUCCUUCAUCAAGGACCAGAGGAUUGGAAGAUCUUGGCUACACACAACAAGCUCUUACCUCUCUGGGCCUCUUUAAUCCUUAUCGUGAUAUUGCUGAUGUUGGCUUCGCUUUUCUCUGGUCUUAACUUGGGUCUGAUGGCCCUGGACCGCACUGAGCUGAAGAUCAUAGCCAACACUGGUACCGAGAAGGAGAGGAAGUAUGCCAGGGCUAUCAUGCCUGUCAGAUCUCACGGAAACUACCUCUUGUGUACUAUUCUUCUGAGUAACGUGGCUGUAAACAGUACCUUCACUGUCAUCCUGGACGAUCUCACCUCUGGACUGGUGGCCGUUAUCGGGUCGACCCUGGCUAUCGUGUUUAUCGCGGAGAUCACUCCUCAGGCUAUAUGUGCAAGGCAUGGUUUGCUGAUUGGUGCCAAGAGUAUCUGGAUUAUGAAGAUCGUGAUGGGUAUCUGCGCGCCGCUGGCGUGGCCGACGAGCAAGCUCCUCGACUAUUUCCUUGGAGAGGAGAUUGGAACACAUUACAACAGGGAGAGGUUGAAGGAGCUUGUCAGGGUCACAAACCAUGUGAACGACCUGGACAAAGAGGAAGUCAACAUCAUCUCUGGAGCUCUCGACCUUCGCAAGAAGACCGUGAAAGACGUGAUGACCAAGCUGAAGGACUGUUUCAUGCUGCCCAUCAACAGCGUGCUCGACUUCGAGACCAUGUCUGAGAUCGUCAAGUCUGGUUACUCCCGUAUCCCGGUGUACGAGGGCAGUCGCGGCAACAUCGUGACGGUGCUGUUCAUCAAGGACCUCGCGUUCGUGGACCCCGACGACAACACGCCGCUGCGCACGCUCUGCCAGUACUACCAGAACCCCUGCAACUUCGUCUUCGAGGACGUCACGCUUGAUGUCAUGCUUAAGCAGUUUAAAGAAGGUCACAAGGGCCACAUGGCGUUUGUGCAGCGUAUAGAGGAGGGCGAUGGGGACCCGGUGUACGAGACCGUGGGGCUGGUCACCCUCGAGGACGUCAUCGAGGAGAUGAUACAGGCGGAGAUCGUCGACGAGACUGACGUCAUCAGUGACAACCGCACCAAGAAGCGUCUGAUGCGUCCGCUGAACAAGUUCCAGGACAUGGCCGCGUUCGUGGGCCACCACGAGCACCAGCGCGUGCACGUGUCGCCGCAGCUCGUACUCGCCACCUUCCAGUUCCUCAGCACCAGCGUGGAUCCGUUCAAGCCGGAGAUGAUCUCGGAGACGGUGCUGCGGCGCCUGCUGAAGCAGGACGUGAUCCAGCACAUCAAGCUGCGCGGCGACGAGGACAAGAACGACCUCAAGAGAUACGUCUUCCAGGAGGGCAAGCCGGUGGAUUAUUUCGUGUUGAUCCUGGAGGGCCGCGUGGAGGUGACGGUGGGUCGCGAGAACCUCGUGUUCGAGGCGGGACCCUUCACGUACUUCGGCGUGCAGGCGCUCACGCAAAACGUGGGACUGGCUGAAACUCCGGCGCCGUCAAGUCUUGGCUCGCUGCAGAACCUGAACAUGGACUCGAUGCUGCGCCACACGUUCGUGCCGGACUACUCCGUGCGCGCCAUCGUCGACCUUUACUAUCUUACUAUCAAGAGAUCCAUGUACCUGGCUGCCAAACGCGCUACACUUAUGGAGAAAGGAGUUCUGAACAAGGGCGGCACCAACGAGCAGAUAGAACCAGAAGUAGACAAGUUACUUCGCGAGGGAGACAGAAUCGAAGAGCUUCGAGAGCCGGACGAUUUGUCCAAACAGCACUUGCCGACAUCCGCGAGUCCCCACACGAACGCGACGUUCAAGUCACUUCUGGACAAAGACGAAGCCGCCAACCCCGAAGAAGAGCGCCUUCUCAAGAAGUAGCACUCCGCACCCCACGCAGUAAGACAACGUUACUUAAAAACAACGCGCAAAUGAACAAUGUAGUGUAGUGGAAUGGCGGCAGAUUUGAGUCUUGUUAGCAAUUUGAUGAUUUUCUCUAACCUCUAAAUUAGGUAACUGCUAUGAAUAGCGUUACCGAUAUUUCCGCUAGUACUAUUUUAUCCAAUAGAUAUUGAUACUGGUAUUGCUGUAUCAACUGUAGGUGAUUUAUUUAUAUUUCGAUAUUUUUUCUAAACCACUAUUUAGAAUAUUUUUUAUCAAAUCGGUCGCCAUUUGUUAUACCGAGUUAGUAUGUCAAGAACACGAAUCGGGGUUUUAAAUGCAUGUUAGUGUAAGUGAAAUGUAGUAUUUUAAUAAUUUUACCUAGUAAAGCAUUUGUUGCAAUUUUUAACAAAUAGAUAUUAGUCUAUAAUGUUUAAUUUAUUUGUUUUUGUACUUAUUUCUUGCAUGAAAGACGCGUUCCCGCCUUUUCGCCCAAAUUAUGCUUCCCGAAAAUAGUGACAAACUAAAACCGUGCCAAAACAUAUUGAUCGUUAUGAAGAUCAUUUCAGGAGUUUCCAAACGGAUCAGAUUUUUUAGUACUUAACCGAGUUUAUGGGGGAACUAUUUCAGCUAUGAAUUAUUUGGCACGGUUAUCGGAAUUCCUUACUCAUGUUGAAAUGGUUCAACUCGGCAAAUAUUUUUAUUUGUCAUUUUAACCGAGUAAGGAAGAUUGAUCUGUUUAUAUCUAUUUUUGGGAAGCUGUCUGAUACAUCACCGUUUGUACAAUACGCUCUCUUCCGUGUAUGGAAGACGUUUUAGCAUUUAUCUCGAUUUAGCGAAUUUAAUUCGCAUGGUUUUUUAAAAUAUCAAGCCUAGGGUCAGGUAUUUUUAAUUGAAUAAAAUUAGUAGAAUUAAUAAGUAAGUACAUUUCAGGCUUCAUGGUAAAAUAUCCAGUACUUUUACUGUACAUAACCUGACCAAAGCCAUUUAUUACAAUCAUUUCAAGUAUUCAAUAUGUAAACACGCCUUGGUAUUGUUAUAAUCUAAACAGUCAUAAAUACGUAAUCCCUCACAAAAUAGUUUUUUAGUAUUUUAGACACAUGUCGUAUCAUUUUAGUGAAAUAAUCAUGUAUUUACAAUAACGGAUUUAUUACUGUGCAUGCUCUAAUUGUGGUGGGUAAUAGACAGAAGCAACUUUAUUGCCUAUAUUGUCGAUUAUGCCACGAAGAGAGAGGCCUUAAAUACCUCAGAAUAUUCACACGUUAAUUUCUCCACAAUAAAUCCGUUAGUUACAAUCAUUUUUAAAUAAUUGACAAAGUAAGUUAAAUAAUAGGAUAUAUAAACAUUUUAACUUCCAACCUACGUGCCUUAAAAUAACGAUUAAAUAACUCGGGUGCUUUUAAAAGUCAGCGAUGAAUGUAUUUUAAACACUGACAUGGUGUAGUAAUAGAAUACUGCCCGUCAAUUGUACUUAUAUUGUGUAAUAAAUGUACUUUUCUAUGUAAUUAUAUUAUAAGCCAACAACAGUCAAUAAAGACAAACAUCUUUGGACGUAUGACGCACUUAGCUAUGAAACACAUUUUAUGGCUGAACAUUAUUUGAAAUAUUUUUUUUGUUAGAAAUUGUGACGCCUUAUUUAUGUUAUAAUAAAUUUGGUAAUUUAUAAAUUGAGUUGACAUUGCCUUCAGUAUUCUUUAUACCUUAAUUUAUCGUAUAUUACUUUGUUAAUUUAGCAUCAAUGACUUUAAUAUGAAAAUUGUUUGAAUGCAUUUAUAAAUUAUUCUCAAGAUUUAAAAUUGCUGUAACUAACGCGUUACGAUUUCAACAUAAACAAUUUGAACAGCCAGUGCGUCAUAUUUUUAUAAAGGUGUUGAACGAAUUAUAAUAAAAUAGUGGCCUUACAACAAAAUGUUAUCAUGUUAAAACAUAUUUUGUAUGAAUUUUAUAUUACAAUUAAGAGUUACGCUUCGGUAUGUACAUGUCUAUGCUGAAUUACGUAAUCGAAUCAUAUGAAUGUUAUUUCGUUUUUAAAAAUGGAAAUGAAUGAUUUAUUGAGCUUAU